ACUGCCAUCAACACUGUGGAGAGGCCUAGUGACAGUAAUGGCAAGUAAAGGAGAGUAGCACUUAUCGUAUUUCGGAGUAAAUUUACGCUGUAGUGAAGUGCUGGACGGCAGAAAUGUUUGCAUUUGACUCUCUCCUGAGCAAUGCCUAACGAAGACGCCAAGGAACAUUGACAAGAUGGAUUUUCGUCGGGAUUAUCACGUGCUGUCGCCCUGUGUGUAGCGCAUUCGUAGAUCAUAAUGGCGCCAAACCGUGGUUCAUCUUCGUCUGGUGAACAAACAAUGUGACCGCCCUUGAUCUCCUACUCAAUGCGCGCUCACUUGUUUUCGGUGAUCAUGAACUUUUCCCUCUAGGUCAAACCACGGGGGUCGACAACGACGCUGCAGUUUUGGCGAAUAGCGGCGGCGGCGGCGCCGAAGAAAAAAGCCGCCAACGCUCACGCCGCACUGCAACAAUGUCGUCUGGAGCCAAGCAGAAGCGUUCGUCGAUUGACGCCGGCAGCAGCUGUGCAGGAAUAACAGUUGGAAGCAAACGAUCGAGGAAAACAAGCGCCUGCGAAGAUGAGGACAGCCGGCUGUCCUCUUCCAAGGCUGUGCUGCCACCAUUGCCUUUGCCGCCCAUGUCCAAGAUCUACAACAGCUCUUACCGCAGCAACAAGCCCGCUGAGCUCUUCCGGAAGGAUCUCAUCAGUGCCAUGAAGCUGCCUGACAGUGAACCACUGGAUCCAGAUGACUACUGGUUCAUCUCUGACGGCUGGAAACAAGAGUGGGAACGGGGAGUUCAGGUGCCUGUCAACCCCGGACACCUGCCAGAACCUGCUGUGAAAGUCAUCAAGAAGAAGAGCAAAUCAAACGACUUCAAGCUACCUCCAAACAAGUAUCUCCGGUUGUCACACGAUGAGUUCUUUUCCAACGAGCUCCAUGUGCUGACCAACGUCAGUGCUUUGGCUGAAAAGACCUGCCGCUAUGACUUGGACUCCUUAGAUCAGCAGUGGUUGCGAGUCUUCAAUGAUGAGCGCAAGUCUCUUGGCCUGGAACCCUUGCCUGAACUGACCAUGGAGAUGAUCUUGGAAGACUUUGAGACUCAGUGUUAUGAAAAGCUUCAGAGAGAGAUCCGGACUGAGCAAGGGCUGGGCAUUGAGUAUGAUGAGGACGUGGUCUGUGAUGUCUGCCGUUCACCGGACUCAGAGGAAGGCAACGAAAUGGUUUUCUGCGACCAGUGUGACCUGUGUGUGCACCAAGCCUGCUAUGGCAUCCAGCGUAUCCCGGAAGGUUCGUGGGUGUGCCGGACCUGUGCCCUGGGCAUACGGCCACCCUGCGUGCUGUGCCCCACCAGAGGUGGUGCCAUGAAGAGCACACGGAGUGGCCAGAAGUGGGCUCAUGUGAGCUGUGCAUUGUGGAUUCCUGAAGUUAGUAUCGGGUGUGUUGAGAAGAUGGAGCCCAUUAUGAAAAUCUCUCAGAUCCCGCCUAGUCGUUGGGCCCUGACCUGUUGCCUUUGUCGAGAGCGGAUCGGCGCCUGCAUUCAGUGUUCCGUGAAGGCUUGCAAGCGGGCUUACCACGUCACUUGUGCGUUUGAGAACGGCCUUGAAAUGAAAGCCAUCAUUGAUGACAACCCUGAUGAUGAGGUUAAGCUCAAGUCGUACUGCCCCAAGCACAGCAAGAAGAAAGAGGUGCACCGAAAGGAGGCGUCGUCGGAUGACUCGGACAAGAAGGCAAGCCCCAUUUCCCGGGAAGGCCACCACCAACGUGAUGCUGAGGUCAGCAACGAAGAGAAGGAGAGCGCCCGACUGGCCAAGAUUCAGGCUAUUGAGGCUGAGUUCUACAAGCAUGUGAGCCUGAAGGAGACUGCCGAAGCCAUGUCCACAGACCCUGUAGUUGUCGACUUCGUCUUCAAUUUCUGGAAGCUGAAGCGCAAAGCAAACCAUGACAAGCCUUUGCUGAUGCCAUUGAAGGAAGAGACGGAUGGCUUGGAUAAGCUAGAAGAGAACAGCCUUUACUCACGUGUCAAAAUGUUUGUCCAUCUGCGGCAGGAUCUGGAAAGGGUGCGGAACCUUUGCUACAUGGUGUCAAGGCGAGAAAAGAUAGCCAAGUCUCUGCUCAGAAUAAGGGAAGAGAUCUUUGAGCACCAGGUGGCAAUGCUGAAGCCGGGAGGACCCAAGAUGAGCGAGCGUGAGCGGGAGGCUGUUAUUCUGUCUGGCCAGAGCGAACAUGUUUAUGACCGGCUGGUGUCUCAAGACCCGUCGAGCCCCAAGCCGUGCCUGCGACUCCUUUUGGAUGCACUUGAAGGUCGGGAGGUGCCAAACCUGUAUGGCCUUACAAGGAAACCACCUAGCACGCCUACUAGGCUCCCAAACCCUUACGCCAAACAGUACGUCAACGGGCUUCGGUCACGGAGACUGUCCAUGAUGGGUGGGGCUGGGGAGUCCGAAGGCUGUGUUGCGCAAGAUGAAGACAGCCAAGGUACUGCUGACUCUGCAACAACAGUUUCCGGCAGAGGGUACACUGCUGCUGAUCAGUUGUCGACGAGGCCAGUGCAGAAAGCAGCUGCGCUGGAAACACUCUCUGAGGAACAACUUGAGGCUGGUGAAAAGGAAUGUGGUCAGUCAGCAGGCGGAGAGAACAAUCUGAGCAGAGGGAUCGCAGAGGCACAGCUGAAAGCUAAUCGAAGUCAUAGGCUGGAAAGUGCAGAAGACACCUUGAGUACUUCGUCUAGGAAUGAAAUCAGAAAAGAGGACCUCAGUGACGCUGAAGGCAGGAUGUCCACUCGAAGCCGAAAUGCUGAUACUAUGAAUGAAAUUGGCGACGCCGAAGGCAGGAUGUCUACUCGAAACCGAAACCCUGACACUGUGAAUGAAAUUAGCGACACUGAAAGCAGGAUCCCUACUCGAAGCCGAAAUGCUGAUACUGUGAAUGAAAUAAGCGACACUGAAAGCAGGAUGUUUACUCGAAGCCGAAACCCUGACACUGUGAAUGAAAUUGGCAACACUGAAAGCAGGAUGUUUACUCGAAGCCGAAACCCUGACACUGUGAAUGAAACUAGCAACACUGAAGGCGGGAUGUUCGCUCGAAGCCAAAGCGCUGACACCGUGACUGAAAUUAGUGAUACUGAAGGCAGGAUGUCCACACGAAGCCAAAAUGCUGAUACUGUGAAUGAAAUUAGCGACACUGAAAGCAGGAUGUCUACUCGGAGCCGAAACGCUGAUACUGUGAAUGAAAUGAGAAAGGAGGACCUCAAUGACACUGAAGCCAGGAUGUCCACUCGAAGCCGAAAUGCUGACACUGUGAGAAACGCCAUUAAGGAAGAGAUCGGGACAGAAGAUCAUGCCGAGGUUGAGUGCAAAGCACAAACAAGGAGUCGAAGGCUCGGGUCUGUUGAUUAUAUGAGAAGCGCAUCAAAAGGCGAAACAAGGAAGGAUGAAAUUGGUGUUGUAAAUAACAGGACACCAAUGCGAAGUCGAAGGCCCGAAAUGGAUCAGUUCGCAAGGAGUCCGUCUUCAACUGAAAAGAAAGAUGACCUCUUUGACAUUGGCAACAGAACACCAACUCGUAGUAGAAGGCUGGAAGCUAGUGAUGGUAUGCUGAAAGGUUCACUCAGAGGUGACACAAAGGAAAAUGAACAAGAGGACGCAGGAAGCAAAACUCCAACAAGAAGCCGACGAUGUGAGAUUUUAGAUAAUAGUGUGCGUAGCUUACUUAAAAGUGAAAUGCAGCAAAAAGGACCGAUGGAAUUGGAAUGUAAGGUGCCUUACCGAAGUCGAAGGCAUGAGCAGAAAACUGGAUUUGAUGAGCAGAAGUGUCUGUUUCGAAAUGAAGGCAAGAGAGGAGAGUCAACAGACAUAAGGAGCAGAAGUUCAAGUAGAAGUCGAAGAUGUGAUACAAAACUUGAAGUUGCCCAGGAAGUGAUCGGAGCAUCUAGGACAACGGAGGGUCAAGCUGAUGAAAUUGGGAAAGUAGAAUGCAAGCCUCUUAUUCGGAGUCGGAGGCUGGAGGUCAAAAAUGAGGUGGCUGAUGAAGGGGUGAGAAGUGUGUCCAGACAUGAGGCAAAAAAAGGUGAAACUGAUGGCAGAGUGAGCAUGCGAAGUCGGCGGGCCGAAGCAGUUGAAGCAUGUGAUGACCUUUGCAAUGUUGUGCUCAGAAAAGAAGUUAAAAAGGAUGACGCCGUAGAGCAGGAAAACAGGUCGAACUUUGGUCGCACUACCCGACUCUCUGAAGCAAAGAGUGAGCUAGGGUUGCAUGAAGCAAGAGAGGUCUUAGAGAAUCGAGAUGCAGGAGAUGAUAUUGGAGCAAAAGGCAGCAGCAGAAGUCGGCGGUUGAGGAAACGAAUGACAGCUUGCUCAGAGGAAGGAGAGCACCCACAGUUGGCCACCUUGGCCUCCCUUUGCGAGUUUCCUGAAGAACUCAACGACGUGGGUCGCUGCACCCGCAGCAGCACCAUGCAGAAGCAGGAGAAUGCUCAGAGUCUCGAGGAGGCCAGCUCGCGCGAGCCUGCAGAAGGCAGGCAAGGCGUGGCCACUGCAAACAGCUAUGUGAAGCACACAUCAGACGAGAACAUGCCCAAGAGGCCCGAGCGACGUGAUAGACGUGACAGUGUCACAUGCAGUGUGCUGCUUCCCGAGGCCCUGUCGCAGCCUCGUGCAUCGCUGAGUGGCUACAGGAUUCCGAAGAAGGCCAAGGCUCCCAACGGGGUGCUGGAGGACCGACGUGGAAGCUCUCCAGUGUCUCCUCUGCACGAGGUGCCCAGCCACUGCUAUGUGGGCAGUGACGGCUACACUAGAGGGCGAUCGCAUGUGGCCAACGUUAGGCGGCCCGUGUUGGGACACCACUGUGAGGGCAGAGGGGGAGCGUACGUCGAACGAUGGAAGCACGACUUGGACUACGGUGGUCCCACAGGCAACUCAGCAACGUCCGAGUGGGCAGGAAAGUUAGAGGUGAAGGAGAAUGGGAGUCGUUACUCUAUGCGCUAUCGGCCCAAGUUUGGCGGCAAGGACAGUUAGCCUCUUCUUCAUGUAACCUGCAGAUUCCGCAUGUAUGAUAACAUUGUCGUAUAAUGUACAUACUCAUUGCUCAUAUGUUGUUACUUUCCUGCAUUCCGCCUUUGACUCCACACCAAUAUUUUCUUUUUUUUUCAUCUCUGUAGUUAGAGUUCAAAGUGCUGAAUGGAGUCUGUGUUCUAUUUUGCUUUUAAUUUUUGUUCCCACCUUUUCCCAACUACCUUAUUCUUUUGUUUUUAUCCUAUAAAGAAAGAAAAGGCAAAUUAUCUGAACGCUCUGCCCACCUGUGGUGACAUUAAUGAAAAUGUAUUUUUACAGUGACACUUGAUUGGUACUGCUCAGAUUUGGCAGCAAUUUGCACUGUCAAAAUAUAACGACUGUACAGUUUAAACUGCAGUGAAUUUUAGCAUUUGUAAAUAUGCCAAGUGUACAGUGUUUUAGUGUUGUUUAAAAAUAAACUGGGCUCUUUUACUCCUUUGCAGGGAGCAAGGAGCUUUGGUUCAUGA